UCACACUUCCUGUAAUAAGACUGUAUUCAACGGAACAGUCAGCCGAAGGCCAGAGCUGCAUGUUCCUCUUUCUGAACAUGGGUCAUCGUAUGCUGGUACUUCUGCUUCUGCUGCUGAGUAGAAAUGGGAUGUGUCAAGAGGAAGUCUGUUCAAAGUCGGUGGUUAACUCCUGUACUGACUGUAUCAGAUCUGGACCAUACUGUGCAUGGUGCCAACAGCUGAAUUUCACCAAAGCAGGUGAACAGGAAUCAGUACGCUGUGACACCCAAGUUAAACUGAUGGAAAGAGGUUGCAAGAAGGAAGAAAUCAUCUCCCCUGUGAAUGAUUUCACCAUUAUCAAGGAAGACCCCCUGUCUGAGUCAUUUAACAAUCAGGAACCUGUCCAGAUGAGUCCACAGAAGAUAAAUCUGAAACUGCGUCCUGGGCUUCCUAAAACAUUCAGAAUUUCUUUUAGGAGAGUUGAAGGUUAUCCAGUGGAUCUCUACUACCUGAUGGACCUUUCUAAUUCCAUGAAAGACGACUUGGAAAAUGUCAAAGGGCUGGGGAAAGAUCUUUUUGCUGCUCUGAAAGAAAUCACUGAACAUGCUCAAAUAGGAUUCGGUGCCUUUGUUGAUAAGACAGUCCUUCCUUACACCAACACCAACAAGGAGAAACUGCAGAGGCCAUGCGAUGAGAGUGACCUAUACUGUCAGGCUGCCUUUGGCUACAGACAUGUGCUUAGUAUGACAGCAAGGGAGGACGAGUUCAAGAGAAAAGUGUCAGAGCAGUUCAUUUCUGGGAACCUGGACUCUCCUGAAGGGAGUCUGGAUGCCAUGAUGCAGGCUGCUGUAUGUGGGGACAAAAUAGGUUGGCGGAACAGCAGCACUCGGCUGAUUGUGCUGACCACUGAUGCUGGAUUCCAUAUGGCUGGGGAUGGAAAAUUGGCUGGAAUACUGGAACCCAAUGAUCAACAGUGUCACGUGGAAAACAACCUUUAUACCAAGAGCAAUGAGAUGGACUACCCAUCAGUUGGACAACUAGCCACAGAGCUGGAAAAAAACAAUAUUCAGCCCAUAUUUGCAGUGACAAAAAAUGUAGAGGAUGUGUACAAGGAACUUUCUAAAAUGAUCCCAAAAUCUGAGGUGGGAGUUCUGUCAUCAGAUUCUAAAAAUGUUGUUCAGCUGAUUAGAACGGCCUACGAUAGUUUGUCCUCUAAAGUAACUGUGACCCAUGACAGUCUUCCUGACAAUGUCAGAGUUGUCUACACCCCUAUAUGUACACAUGCAGGACCAGUAGGGGACAGGAACGGGGUUUGUGACAAAGUUCAUGUGGGACAAAUUAUUUCUUUUGAUAUUACCGUGACAGCAGACUCUUGUAUGGAGGACAAGUCUUUCAUCAUCAGACCACUGGGCAUUAAAGACAAAUUGACAGUGACCUUAUCUACCAACUGUGAGUGUCAGUGUAACGACCCAAAUGACAAAACGCAUCAACUCUGCACCAACAGAGGAAGCAUCGUCUGUGGUAUUUGCAGCUGCCAGGAAGGUUUCAUUGGUCAGAACUGUGAGUGUGACAUCGGUAAAAGAGAUCAACACUCGCUGAGAGCAUCCUGUCAGAGGAACAAUGGCACUGAGUGUGAGGGUCGAGGAGACUGUGUGUGUGGCAGGUGCCAGUGCCACAGCACAAACCAGGGAAGCAGGUACCAUGGUGAAUUCUGCGAGUGCGACGAUGAACACUGUGAGAACUACCAGAACAAGCUAUGUGGAGGAAAUGGCAAGUGCAACUGUGGCAAAUGUGAAUGCUAUCCUGGUUACGAGGGUUCUGCCUGUCAGUGCAAGUCGUCUACGGACGGCUGUCAAACCGCAGACAACACUGUGUGCAAUGGCAGAGGGAGGUGCAUAUGCAACCGCUGUGAAUGCAAGGAAGGAUACCAGCGCCCGCAGUGCCUGCUAUGUCUUGGAUGCCCAGACCCAUGCCAGACCAAACUGAACUGCAUUGAAUGCCUUGGCUUUGGCUCUGGUCUCUGUAUGGAUUGUAAAAACAUUACUCAUAGGCUGGUUGACAACUUUGCUAUAUCAGGCAAGGAGUGUCAGCAGAAGGACAGUGAGGGAUGCUGGAUUAAGUUUAAACUGAACCAGCUGGUUGGAGAGGAUCGUUACGAGGCUGAAAUUCUGAAAGAAAGAGACUGUCCAGAACCACCCAGUGUCAUACCUAUCAUCGCAGGGUCCAUUGCAGGUGUGGCUGUCAUUGGGAUUCUACUUUUGAUGCUGAUCAAGUUGCUCAUCCACAUGAAGGACCUGAAAGAAUUCAGGAAAUUUGAAAAUGAAAAGAAGAAAUCCAAGUGGGCAGAGGCUGACAACCCACUGUUUCAGAAUGCCACCACCACUGUGGCAAACCCGACCUUCACUGGAGAGUGAAGACUACUCCUGCAGCACAGACAGAGGACCGUAAUUAAGUACCUUUUUCUAGUUAUGUCUGUUUGAUAAUAUUCAUGCAUUAUUUGCAAAUAUCCAUAUUGUUGUAUUUACUUGUAUUAAUGGUGACUUGCUUGCUUCUUUUAUAUAAAUUACUGUUGCUGUCUACUCAUGGUCUGCAUAUGUACAUAUUUGCUCAUUGCUUAUGAUAUUUUUGCAUGAGACAUCUUGCAGUAUGGCUCAUAAUAUUUACAUUGAGAGACUUUGUUAUUUUACAAUAGAAUGUAAGGGCACAUAUAUUUUGGAUGUAUCAUAAUAGAACAGUAGUACUUAAUUUAUAGUUCAAAGUUUUCUGUGGCAAAUAGUUUUAGUGAUUUUAGAAAAAUGUAUUCUAAGCAUAUGUAUGUAAAAUCAAAUUUGACAUGGCGGUUAAAUUAAUAAACAAUCACAAAGUUU